CGGCAUAGAUUAGCUUGGGAUUACUUAUUAAUUACGAAAGCGACAUACAAAGAGUGCGACCGUGGAAAAGAGCGACUCAGUUUGGUAUCAACGUGCAGCGCAGAAGCAACUCAGAAGCAACAAACAAUAAUUUGAAGAUGAUGAUGAUCGAACAGGAAGAUGUUGGUGCAACAACACCCAUUCAUAAACUGACCAACGGCAAUAGCAACAACGGCCUCCUGACCAACGGUCACAAGGCCAAAAAAGACGACGAUAAAGCUACGUACAAAUAUACUUACGAGCAUCUGGCCGAAACGGCGAAAUAUCUGUUGGAGAGGGUGCCUUUCCGGCCGAAAAUUGGAAUCAUUUGCGGGUCCGGAAUGGGUGCGUAUUGGAACGAGGGUUCGUUGGCUGAGGCUUUAACGGAUAAAGUGGUGUUCCCUUACAACCAGAUCCCGCAUUUCCCGGAGUCAACUGUUGAAGGGCACGCCGGGCAGCUGGUAUUCGGCUACUUGAUGGGCGUUGAAGUGGUGUGCAUGAAGGGUCGUUUCCAUCACUACGAGGGUUACCCACUCUGGAAGUGCUCGAUGCCGGUGCGAGUGAUGAAGCUGGUCGGAAUAAGUCAUCUGAUAGCCACGAACGCGGCGGGCGGCCUCAAUCCCAAAUACAAAGUGGGCGACGUGAUGCUAGUCAACGACCACAUCAACCUGAUGGGAUUCUCGGGAAACAACCCGUUGCACGGUCCCAACGACGAGCGUUUCGGUCCCAGAUUCCUUCCGAUGAACCGAGCCUACGACAAGGAUCUCAUCGAGCUGGCCAAGAAGGUCUGGGACGAUCUCAAGCUGGGUCCCAUACACGAGGGCGUCUACACCUGUCUAGGUGGACCGAACUUCGAGACUGUAGCCGAACUGAAGAUGCUCCAGAUGGUCGGCGUGGAUGCAGUAGGCAUGUCCACCGUGCACGAGGUGAUCACGGCGAGACACUGCGAUCUCACCGUUCUCGCUUUCAGUCUGAUCACAAAUUUCUGCGCCACAAAUUACGAGAAUCAAUCGGAGGCCAAUCACGAAGAGGUGAUGGAUGUGGGAAAGAUGAGGCAAGACACUCUGGCCACGUUCGUGCAGAAUCUGGUGUUGCGCAUCAAGAAGCUGGGCUAUCCGGGAAUUAAAUAAGAAUCUGAUUUUCGUUACUUUCUUGCGAUUGAUCUAAGGAUAAAAUUGGGAAGUUGUUUCAGUAUUUUUUGUCGUCGUCGUCGUCCUAUUCCAGUAAAGACGUAGAAUUAAAGAAGGUGCAUGUACUGCACACAUUUAUAAAUAUAUUUUAUUGUGUUAUGUUAAAUAUUGUACAUUUAGAAUAAAGACAACUAUUUUUGAAA